UCUAUCCUCCUGUCUCCAUACAGGUGUGAGCUACCAUGACAGGUUAUCUAUCUGUUCUUGAAGAGGCUUGGCAGUUUAUUUCCCAUAAAGAAUUUGACAUUUUUCUUUUUAAGAUGAAGGUGAUGUCAUUGAAUUGAGAAUUUUGUUUUUAAAAUAUAAUUGUUGGCCUGGAACCAUCCUGCAGACAAAACAGCAUUUCACAAACCCUUGGAACACACCAUGCAGGCCUAGGGGUAUCUGAAUCCACACUGCUGAGGUUCUGGGCAGCCAUAAAGUCCAUAGUCAUGAGCUCCAGAAGAUAGAGCUGCAGUGAAGAGAGGGAACCUCUCUGAGUCUCCUCAAUGAAAAUUCAAGCCCAUUAGAAAAGUGAAGAAAAUUUCUGCAAUAAAAGCACACUGGACCACCUUGGCUGUAGGGCAAGAGACAAGGAACAAGAGGAAAAGAAAGAAACCUCCCAUGAACCAGAAAGGAGAGCAGACAAGAAAUUAUGGCAAGCCCAGCUGCAAACAAUCUGCAGUUUUGGAUUCACAUCUUCCAAGAAUCCUAUCAGAGAGGUGAUUUCACAGUCACUGGAAAGAAAUGUUUCUCAUCUUCAGCAGAGGAAAAUCCGGGCACUGUUCGUUUGCCAAAUCGACCUGCCAUGUCGCCUUUUCUCCCCUUUCAAGAUUGUGCUUUGAACUUUUUUACUGAGGACAGGAAAAGCAUUUCGCUAAAGAUCAAACUUAGACUGUAACUGUGUUGACUGCUCUCAAGAGUAAGCAAGGCCAAGCAGGGGUCGGAAGGCCGUCAUCCUCUGUGCGGCCGCCUUAGGUGCUGGACUUUCAGUUCUAGAGGAGCAGCUUUCUGACACCAGGAUCUUUUCAGGAUGGAGGGGAAUUUCGACCAGCCUAUCCCACACCAUCAUUUUUCACUCCUCCCGUGCUUGUUAUUUCUCCUAUUUCGCUUCUUGCCUUGCAACGUUCUUUCAUAAUUAAUUGACUAGCGAACAGUCUCUGAUCCAAGCCCACUGACAACCCCAGACCGCGAGGGAACUCGAGCGCGGUUCCCGCCAGCCCAGGCCCACGCGGAAUCAUUCCAUCUCUUCAAGGCCAAUCAGAGCUUUGUACACGGUCGCGCCAGCCAAUCCAAACAAACCGACGACUCUGCCCAAAUAGUGCUCCGGGGUCCCGGACUCCCGGCUUGGGGGCAGAGACUACGGCGUACUGCCUUCCAAUUGGCUGCCAUCUGCAGUGACUUGACGCUCAUUGGCUGCUGCCGGGCCGACGGGGAAACUGAGCAGACCGUAACUGUGUGCUAGCGAAAUUGUGGAGCCUGCUAUUUCCCGGAGCUGCCCUGACAUCCUCAGAAAGAAGAAAUGGAAGUUCUGCCUGAUGUUGUGUCUUUUUCAACUAAACUUAAAAACACUCUAAUCCUGUACCAUAACAUUGAAGAUGACAAAUGGCGAGUUGCAAAGAAAACGAAAGAUGUAACAGUUUGGAGAAAACCCUCAGAAGAAUUUAAUGGAUAUCUCUACAAAGCCCAAGGUGUUGUAGAUGAUGUUGUCAAUGCAAUAAUAGACCAUAUACGCCCAGGGCCUUUCCGUUUGGAUUGGGACCGCCUAAUGACUUCAUUGGAUAUUUUGAAGCACUUUGAAGAGAAUUGCUGUGUGAUGCGUUACACUACUGCUGGUCAGCUUUGGGAUAUAAUUUCCCCAAGAGAGUUUGUUGAUUUCUCCUACACUGUGGGUUAUAAAGAAGGACUUUUAUCCUGUGGAAUAAGUCUCGACUGGAAUGAAAAGAGGCCAGAGUUUGUUCGUGGAUUUAAUCAUCCCUGUGGCUGGUUUUGUGUUCCACUUAAAGACACUCCAAACCAGAGCCUGUUGACAGGCUAUAUUCAGACAGAUCUGCGUGGAAUGAUUCCUCAGUCUGCAGUAGAUACGGCCAUGGCAAGCACUUUAACCAACUUCUAUGGAGAUUUACGGAAAGCCUUACAAAAAGAAUAAUGUGUUCAGGCUUGUACUGGGAUCCUAAAAUCAGCUCUUUCCUUUAGCUUGUGGCCUGUAAAAAUCACCAAUUUCUAUCUGUGUAUAUCUGAUAGAAACAUUUGGGAUGUUUUUGAUUUAGUAAUAUAAUAUUUUAUGUUGUUCCUCAAGUGCAUAGCUAUAUAAGAGCAUACGUAACUCUUUAAAGUGCGUAGCUAUUUAAGAGAACAUUUCCGUUUUCUCAAGCUUUUGUUUGCACAAUGUUUGGUAAGGCAAAGUGUUACAGAGAUGGAGAAUAUGAUCAAAAUUCGUAAAUAAGUAGUAGAUUCAACAAAUUGAAUAGUGUCUCCUGAGUAUUUUGGCUGUUUGGAAAUUAGAGAAAACGCAAACUUCAUUCACUUUAUGCAUGCUCUUUUAGAGCUUCCUUGACAAAAUUAUAAAAUUAUAACAUUUUAAAAAUUUGAAGGUACACGUUAGUGCUUUUAGUUUGUUCUAUGAGUUCGUCAGUAUGUUGUGCAAAAGGAAAGGGCCCUUCUCUAUAUUUUGUAAAGGUCAAAUUCACUGUCAAUUGACUUGCACUACUUUAGGUAUUAAAAUUAUAAAAAAUGAGAAUGGAUAUUAUAGUAACUACAGGUACAAUUCAGAUGCAAUUUAGUUUUGAUAUCUAGAUACCUUCUUUUGUCAUAUCUUUAAAAAUACAUUUGUUGUUUAUCGCACUGAUUUUGGGAAGUCUGAAAGCAUUUAUGCAUGAAUAUGAUAGUACAAACCUUUGCCAAGUAUGUAGUGGGGACACCACACUGAUGGAGCAGUAAUCUGAGCUCGAUGCAACGUCCAGCAGUAUCCUGUGGUCAGCAAUGGAGACUCGCUGUCUACAGAGUCAAAUUUAGUGGAUAUUCUGCAUAUGUUUCAGUUUUGAAAAUCUUUCAACUCACAAAACAUCACAACUUCUAUCAUAACCAUUCAUGUUUGUGGCAUAACUAGUCUGGAACUAUAAAAAUGCAUUUUUAGAUUUAGUGAAAUGCUGGAUAAGUCCCUUGAUUCUAUGGCCACCGUAAAUGAACAUUGCUUAGUACUUUUAACCUUCCAAAUCGUGACUUGUCUCUUGAGUUACCCAUUUAGUUUGCUUCUGAAAUGGGAAUUUGAGGCAACUCAGCGUGUCCUGGGAAAGCAUAUAUGUUGUAUACGUACACACAUUUUGAGAUCUGUCUCAGUUCUCAGAAUGUCAGUUCUUUAUGUGUUACUGUUUCAGUCAUUUCAUUUUUCCUUUUUCUUUUUUCUUUCUUGUUCUUCUCCUCGUUGUUCACGUUCUUCUUGUUCUCCCCCUCCUCCCUCCUCUUCGCUCCGCUCCUCCUCUUCUUCCUCCUCUUCCUUCUUUUCUACUUCUGGAAUUACACUCAGGCAGGACAUAAAACAGCACAAAAAUCCUGAGCUCAAACUCAUGAAGUUUGAUCUGUGUUAUUACUUGUUUUCCUGAAUGUAAAGAAAGAAUUAGGUUUUGAGGCUCAUUUUGAUGAAGUGAGGAAAAAAAUGGAGCUGUUUUUUUUAUUAUUGUUUUGCUACUGGAAAUAAUAUUCAAAUAACAAAAAUUGGCAGCA